AUGGCGAAGCUGGAAAAGAAGAUCAAUUCGGAGAUGGAGAGAAGCCGUGGCCUGGAGGCAAAAUGCCGUGCUCUGAAGGAGGAGCAAAACAGACAGAGGCGGGGAGGCCAGCAAGAAGAUCUGCAUGCUAGGGUCCUCCAGCUGUACAGGAAAUUCGUGUCGGGUGAAGGUGAAGGUCAAGAUCAAGGUCAAGAUCAAGGUCAAGGUGAAAGCGAAGAUGAAGAGCAAGGUGGAAGUCAAGGUGACGUGUUAAGGAAUCCGAUUGAUGCCCUUGCCUGGCUGGAGUCUCGAGUGCAGACUCUCACCGCCGUCCUCGAUUCUGCCCAUCCGAGCCUUCUCCGAUCUCUUUACCAGACCCGCGAGAAGGAGAAGGAGGCCUUGAGGAAGCAGGAGAUCCGACGCCAGCUUGAGUCCUUCCGGGCCAGGCGAACCGCCAAGCGUCUCCGAUCCGCCUUGAAGCCCCGGAUGUGAACGCUCGAUCGUGCGAUUCGUCGGCACCGGCGACUCGGAACGGGGGGCCAAGGGCGACCCUUGUCGAUUCGGGUCACGCAGCGGGAAAGUUUCUCUUCGCUCGACCCGACAAGGUUGGAACAAUUAAGCCGGGAUUUCAUAUACAGCGCAGUAAACGAAUGAGAGGGAAAAUCUAAUAACGAUCGAACAUGCUCGUCACGUUUUCCUCCGAGAUUUUUUUUCCCCGUGCCUUCCUCGCCUCUGAAGUGUUCCUUCGUUCCUUCCCUCAGAAUGAGCGAUGAGACGGGGAGACAUGUGCUUAGCAGGGUUGCUAAAAAAAAGGAGAAAAAAAAUAAAAAGAAAAGAAGGACGCUAAAUGGGCU